AUGAAGACAGCACUCCCUAUUUGGGGCUUCCUCAGCCUGGCUGCUGCGGCAUUUCCAGAGUGGAACUCGUACCCGGGACACUCUCCCGCGGUCGAGCACCGCACACUGGACGAGAUCUACGCUGCGGCCAAGAAGGAAGAGGGUAGUCUCAUUGUUCUUUGGGGAGGCGAUGCCGUGAGCCAAGGCAAAUCCACCAUUGAUGCCUGGAAAGCCCGAUUUCCUGACAUUGAGCUGAACCUCACCGUCGAUGUAUCCAAGUACCAUGAUAGUCGUGUCAACCGCCAGUUCCAGCGUACCGGGACUGAUGGUGCCGAUAUUGCGGUCUUGCAAACUGUUCAUGACUAUGUCCGUUGGAAGAGAGAGGGCCGGCUGUACCCCUAUAAGCCGGCGCAUUGGGAAGAUGUCUGGGCCGCUAUCAGGGACCCUGACGGAGCAUUUGUGGGAACUUUCAUCUACGGCUUCGGAAGCCUUAUCUACAACCCUUCAUUGCUCAAAGAGGCCAAUGUUCCGUCAACGUACGAUGAAUUCCUUCGUCCAGAAUGGAAGGGUAAGCUCGUGCUAACCUACCCUAACGACGAUGAUGCCGUCCUGUAUCUAUUCUCUAUUAUCAUCAACCAGUACGGCUGGGAGUGGUUUGAGGCCCUUCUCAAACAAGAUGUGAAAUGGGUCCGUGGUACCGGCGAGCCGGCAGCUGAGAUCAGCCAGAGAAACUCAACUCAGUUACUGUCGUUCACCACCUCGCCCCAAGGGAACCUGGUCAGUAAGGACCCCAAGGACACAUUUGUGUACUGGCCACAGACCGGUGCUAUCUUUGCUUCGACCUCUCAUCCGGAAAGCGCGAAGCUGUUUAUGAGCUGGUUGUUGAGUGACGAUUAUCAAAAGAACUUCAACGGGAGCUAUCUAGCGCGUAAGGACUUGUCAUCUACUGCGGGAAGUAUUUGGGAUGAUCCUUCUACGCCCCUGACUCAGUUCUCUACGUUCAUGGAGAAUCGGGAGGUUGUUGAGUGGUGGAAGCUUCAGUUUGAGACUUCGAUUGGGACUGCUCAGGGUGUUAUCUCGUUACUGCAUGAUAAUUGA